GGCGGGCGGUGCCCGGACGCAGGUGCUCGCCGGAGCCGGAGCAAGCCGCUGCUGACGGGCCGGGCCGGGCCGGGACCCGGGCCAGGGAGAACCGAGGGGCCUGCGCGGUCGCCCGGCCCGGCCGCGGAACAGGUUUCUGGGACCAUGGGCCUCAGGCCCUGAGGACAGGAGGCUCCCUGUGGCCAUGACGACAGGUGACUGUUGCCACCUCCCUGGCUCCCUAUGUGACUGUUCGAGCAGCCCUGCCUUUUCCAAGGUUGUAGAGGCCACAGGGCUUGGGCCACCUCAAUAUGUAGCACAAGUGACUUCACGGGAUGGCCGGCUGCUCUCAACUGUCAUCCGGGCUUUGGAUUCACAGAGUGACUGUCCCUUCUGCCGAAUCUGCCACGAGGGAGCAAAUGGGGAGAACUUGCUGUCCCCAUGUGGCUGCACGGGCACACUGGGAGCUGUGCACAAGAGCUGCCUGGAGAAAUGGCUGUCUUCCUCCAACACCAGCUACUGUGAGCUGUGUCACACUGAGUUUGCAGUGGAAAAGCGGCCCCGACCUCUCACAGAGUGGCUAAAGGACCCAGGGCCGCGCACUGAGAAGCGAACACUGUGCUGUGACAUGGUGUGCUUUGUGUUCAUCACACCACUGGCUGCCAUCUCAGGCUGGCUUUGCCUGCGAGGGGCCCAGGACCACCUCCGUCUGCAUAGCCGGCUGGAAGCUGUAGGUCUCAUUGCCCUCACCAUCGCCCUCUUUACCAUCUAUGUGCUCUGGACACUGGUCUCUUUCCGAUACCAUUGCCAGCUGUACUCGGAAUGGAGGAAGACAAAUCAGAAAGUCCGCCUGAAGAUUCGGGAAGCAGAUGGCUCCGAGGAUCCACAUCACUCCUUGCUGGCUACUGGACUCUUAAAAAAGCUUCAGAGAUUCAGUCCAUUAUCAUUAAGGCAAGAGCAUGGCAGCAUCCAGGGAGGCAUGGUGCAGGUGGAGCUGAGAGUUCUGCAUCUUCGUCUAAAGGAGGCUAGUGGAAGACUGACUCCCAGGCAUCUAGGUCAAGUGCAUUAAAGUCCACACCCACAAGCCUACAUCUACUCCAACAAGGCCACACCUACAACAGUGCCACUCCACGGGCCAACCAUAUACAAACCAUCAUAGGUACAAAAUAUUUUUAUCAUGUGGGAAGUCCUGGUUCCAUUCCAAAAGGAAAAAGGUAAGAACAAUUUUCACAUAUUUUUUAUUUCCAAUUUGCCAGAUCCCAUAAAUUCAUUAUAACUAAUGAUAAUACUCUCUAUACCAAUCUGGGAUUACCAUGGAUGAGACCCAAAUCUGAGCUUGUUUCAUAUCUCUCCUCUUCUCUGGGGAAGAAGUUAUUACCUUGAUUUCUAAAGGUGGGAAGACAGAGGCUCAACAUAUGAAGACCUUUAUCUGAAGUUCUACAUCUUUAGGAGCUGGGGAUGCCCCAGUGUUAAGCUUUGUGCCCUACCCUCUGGCAGACUCAGGAGAGAUGUAGAAUAUGGCUGUGGUAAUAACAGCUUCAGUUGCUCCUCAUUCUCUUUUGUUUAGUUGGCCCUGGAAUAAUAUAAAUAGACUAUUCUCAAAUUUGUGGUACUCCUCUAGUGCCUGCCUCUGGAGCACUGAGAUUACAGGUAUGUGCCACCAUGCCGGGCCAGCUCACUUUUGAGUUCUUGUUGCAUGCUGAAUUAUGUAACAGCCCAGGGCUCUUGGCAUUUUCCUGCAUUGUAUGCGCAGGACAGCCCUAAAAGGUGGUUUCUGGAGAGCAUUUUGCUUACUUACUGGGUUUUUUUUUGUUUUUGUUUUUGAGACAGGGUUUCUCUGUGUAGCCCUGGCUGUCCUGGAACUUACUCUGUAAAUUAGGCUGGCCUCAAAGUCACAGAGAUCCACCUACUCUGACCCCCAAGUGCUGGAAUUAAAGGUGUGUACUACUACUGUCUGGCAGGAGUCUUUCAUUAACCCUACUUCCAGAUGAGCAAAUUGAGCCUCAGAAAAGCAGUCUCAUCAUCCCAGUGGGUCCAGUACAGUCUGGUCUUCCCUGUUGUUUUCUGCACCCAUCUCUUGCCUAGUACACAGGCUCAUGCAUGGUAGUAUCUUGCUGCCCUGACUGGAAACUCAAGGGGAAGUCAAUUUUUCAGAAAGUAAAGACUCAGAGGCUGGAAUCUGGCCCAUAGGAAGAGCAGGUUGGGAGACUUCGUGACUGGAACAAUAUGAUUGAGGAACAGAGCUGAUGUGAUCAGGCCUUGGGUGACUGGUGAACUGAUAUCCAUAAAAAAAAAAUUUAUGUAAAAACACACAAGCAUCUUCACUCUUCUGGCCUACCAAGCUUGGUACCUAUUUCUCAUCAUAACUUUGGAAUGUAGGGUCCCAGGAAAUGGUGUCAGGGUGGUGCCGUAAGGAGAGAUAGAAUAGGAGGGAGGGAGGGGAAAGAAGGGGAAAAGAGGAGUCGGAAAAGGGUGGGAGGGAGGUUUCUGUUAUACAUCUCUUCUAAUGCUUUGAAUUACAUGGAGAGUUUUAGUUUGAUAUUAACCUGUCAAGAAUUCUGCAUGCAGGGUUGGCUCUGUCUUAGUGGGUAAAGAUGUUUGCUGCCAAGUUUGACAACCUAAAUUUGAUUACUGGAAAGAGAAAAUCAAUUCCCACAUGCCAGCCAUGGCAUGCUCAAAGCCUGUAUUCAAUCAUUCCCCCUCCAUCCCCCCCCCAAUAAAAAUAAUUCCUGCCAACAUAAUUUUUAUAUUUUUUCUCCAUUUAAGGAAAGCUGAUCUCUCCUUGACAUGCCACGGACAUUGUCAAAGCAGUUGUGGUUACUUGCACAAGAUAGAACCUCAUCAUGUUGGGGUGGGGGAGCCUUGGGAGGCUUCACCCUUCCCUGAAGAUCUAUUGGUAGUAGAUGCUGGAGGAAAGAGGUGUCAUUUUCCUCAGUGUUGUAGCCACCUAUUUAGUUGCCCCAAUAAAUCAACCCCUAAUCUAUGCUCUUGCAAGCAAACCCAACUCAGUAGGUCAUAAAACAAAGACAAGGAGGUACAUGGAGGAACUUGUUGGAAAGAAGGUACAGUGGAAAUGCGGGAAAUAAAAGGGCAAUGGUAGGUGAAUAUGAUAAAAGAACAGUAUAGGGUCAGGGAUUGAAGUUGAUAGACUGCUAGCAUGUUCAAAUCACUGGGUUCAAUUCCUAGCACUGAUUAGCCUGGUUCCUCUGGCCUAUCAUUCUAGCACUCAAGAGGUGUAGGCGGCAGCUCAGACAUUCAAGGCCAGUAUUGGCUAGAAACUGUCUCAACAACAACAGCAAAACCCCAAGCAAGCGCAAAAUACAUGAUAUACAUAUAUGAAGUUGCUGAAAAAAGAAAAAGAAAGAAAAGGCCAGGCGUGGUGGUGCUUGCCUUUAUUUCCUGCACUUGGUAGGUAGGGAGAGGCUGGAGGGCUACAUAGUGAGACCCUGCCUCAAAAAAGAAAGCUAAUGAGU